AUGAACGACGGAAGUUACUUCAAAAGUGGUGGUGGUAGUGUCGAAAUGGGAGCAAGUAGUACUAGCCCAGGAGGAGGAGGAGGAGGAGGUGGCGGUGCGACAGGAGUAGGCCCUUCUGGCACAACUGGCUCCGGUGCCAGUCAAAGCGAAAAACGAGAUGGAUCAUGCUCCGGCAGCAUCCGAAGGCGAAGCACCAGCAAUAGCUCCGUCAACCGAAGGAACGAAUCAAAAGUGUCUUCUGACCAUGCCUCCUCCGACUGCCCAGAGGACAGUCCUGAGGCUAUCAAGUGUGUCAACUGUGGCGGUGCUUAUCAGGGCUCCGACAAGCAGUGCCCCAAACGCGAGGAGUUCAAGCGUAUCUGA